GGCCCUCAUAUUCACGCUGUCCACUUGGCUGCUGUGUUCCUACACUCCUUCCACAUUCCCCUUUCCCCUUUCCCACCCUUCAAGCCCUCCUUUGCGCUGUUUUGGCUACUGUUGAGAUUGCGCCAUCCACGCACGCAGGCGUCUUGUACAUACACUGACGCGAUCUACACAUAGCCGAGGCGACACUGCUCAGCUGAGCCGCCGAGCAUAAGCAGCUGUAACGAUCAGAGAUCGCGUUGCCGUUUGGAGUCUUACUUGCACACUUGACACGCGAUAACCUCCCGCACAAGCAGCAAACAUGUCCAAACCAAUGGACCAAGGCGCACCGCCGCAGUACCCUCAAUCACCGCCGCCCAUCCAUCACGAUGCUGGCCCGGCGCCCGGCGGCAUGCAGCCGUCGUACUACAACCAGGGCGGCGGCGCGCCAGACUACUACAGCGGAACCCCCAACCCCUACCAACAAGGCGCGCCUCCGGGCCCGUAUGGCCCGCCGCAGGGCCCGUAUGGUCCGCCACAGGGCCAGUAUGGCUACGGUGGACAGCAGAUGCAGUACCAGCAGGGACCGCCACCGCCAGGCGGAUACUAUCAGGACGACAGGAGGCAGGGCGGCGGCGGCGGCGGCGGACUGCUAACGGGAUUGUGCGCUGGUCUGGCGUGCUGCUGCUGUCUGGAUUGCUUGUUCUAGACGGAGUGGCGAGAAGAGGGGGCACGGCAGGCCUGGAUAUCGCUUUGCAUCAGAGGGCUUGGUACCACAUGCGCAGGGGGAGGCGUUGGGGACACGGCGGCUUAAUACUGAAUGUUUUCUUUUGUUCCGGCAUUAAUCAAUCCAAGACGGGGGGUAGACUAAUCACAAGACACGACUUCUUUUGCGCACGUCGUAUGGUUGCAACGCGCCGUUUAAUCAAAGGCCCUUUGACG